UGUUCUUGUCAUUACAGAUUUCAGUUACAAAGGACUUUGUCAGAGCAGGGUUGGUGAGGCAGAGACUGGUCAUCAAAUCAGUAGUCGACUUGAUUUUAAAUUAAAAAAAACCUGCACCGACUGCAGGGAGAAGUUCAGUGUUAUUAACAGCCCGCUCCCACCCACCAUUCACCCCACUGGAACCUGAUAUGGGUGACUCUCCCAGUUUCUCCUUCUAACAGCGCAGACUAGUGCUGUUUUUCAAAAUGGACGUGUUGGCCGUUCCUUCAGACAGGCAUAAAGGAUGGUACCUUUCUCUGAUGGCACCCAACACAAAAGGACCAACGUUUGCUUGGCUGGACCCGUCCAGACUUUACUGCAACUCUCAGGCUCUUGCAGACUGUGUCAGAGACCUUCUCAGUCCAUUCCACAACGACACCAUUGACCUGGUUGCCGGGAUAGAUGCAAUGGGAUUCAUUAUUGGGUCGUCUGUUGCCACCACCCUCGGAAAAGGUUUUCUAGCUGUCCGCAAAGCAGGACAUCUGUGUGUCGCAACCCAAAACCAAAACUACAACGACUACACAGGCAGAGAAAAGACUAUGGAAGUAAGACUGGAUGUGCUAAAACCAGGUGUGAGGGUGCUGUUAGUGGACCAAUGGAUAGAGACUGGAGGCACCAUGAAGGCUGCGAUCCAGCUGGUGGAGAGGCUGGGAGCUACUGUUGUAGGUGUGGCAGCUGUGGCCAUAGAGAACACUGAAGGAGGAAAGUGGAUUAAAGAAAAUUACAAAUUUUCUCACUGCAUCCCCAAAGAGCUCCAGAGCCAAAUUGACCAGAAGUAUCUUGAAUCCUUCAAAAGCUUCAACGUGAUUUCUUAGAACUUCAGUAAAGAAGAAAAGGGGAAUAGUAAUAUUUUCUAAGACUGAGAUGGUCAAGAAAUGAUUGUAUCUGCAUAGACAUGUUGUAAUUUUUAAAGACAAGAGGCAGAGCUGGAGGUAGCAGAGCUUAAGAUGUUGAGGUUCUCUUUGGGAGUGACGAGGAUGGACAGGAUCAGGAAUGAGCACAUCGGAGGGACAGCUCAUGUUAGAUGUUUCGGAGA